GCUGGAGCGGCAACAGCGCAGCGGCACACCUGCCUGGCUGAAGGCUUCAGGACCCCACUGACCAUCGCAGGAGGCUCAGCAGCAGCAGCAGCAGCAGCAGCAAUGGAAGCCACACGGCCAACUGGCUCAACGGCCCCUGACAUCAGAAGCAUCUCGGGAGUCUUUGUGGAGGGUUCUGGCAAGACCACAAGUCUGGCACAAGCUCUCCAGGACCAUCUGAUCCAACUGGAUGUUGCCCUGGCCCUGCUGGAAGCCCAGGCAGCCACAGGUGGCAUUGUUGACCCUGUGGGUGAGCAGCUCCUCCCUGUGGCGGAGGCCCUGGUGGUGGGACUGGCAGGGCUGGAAAUGAAGGAGAAGCUGUUGCACGCAGAGCGGGCAGUGAUGGGCUUCCCUGACCCUUACACAGAGGAGAAGAUCUCCCUCUACCAAGCCAUCCAAAAAGAGCUGAUUGGAAGAAAGCUGGGCCUCCGUCUCCUGGAAGCCCAGAUAGCCACAGGAGGGGUCAUUCAGCCUGUUUCUGGCCAUCGCGUCCCUCUGCCAGAGGCCUACGCACGGGGCUACUUGGACGAGGGCUUGAGCAACUCCCUCUCUGAUCCAGAGAACCAGGAGGCCAAGGGCUUCAGGGAUCCUAAUACUGACCAGAUGGUCACCUACACAGAACUGAUGAGAAGAUGCGUGGCAGACCCAGCCAGAGGCCUGCUCUUGCUGCCUCUCAAGAUCUCUUUCCCUGGACUGAGAGGGGCUGUGUGUAGCCAGGAGCUGCUGAAUUCUGGAGUCAUUGACGCCGCCGUGUUUGAAGCCCUCCAGAAGGGGGAGGUGACCAUGCGGGAAGUGGCAGAGAUAGAUUCGGUGCAACAAUCCACGUCGGAGAUCGCCAGCAUCGCUGGAGUAGCCAUCCUGCCCACAAACGAAUGCAAGAGUCUCUACCAGGCUUUAGUAGAGCAUCUCCUCCCUCCUGGCGCAGCUGAAAUUCUAAUGCAGGCUCAGGUGGCCUCCUCGGGCUAUUUAAUCGACCCUGUCAAGAAUGCCAAAUUCACUGUGGCUGAGGCCGUCCAGGCAGGAGUUGUUGGGCCAGAGCUCUUUGGGAAACUGACUUCAGCUGAGAGGGCCGUCACAGGAUACAAGGAUCCCUACACAGGGGAGACCAUCUCUUUGUUUCAAGCCGUGCAGAAACACCUGGUGCCCAGGAACCCAGGCCUUUGCCUGCUGGAUGCUCAGCUCGCCACUGGAGGCGUCAUUGACCCAGAUGCCCAUCACCGGCUUCCUACAAGGGUGGCCCUGCAGAGGGGCCACUUAGAUGAAGAGACAUACAGCCUCCUCUGCAACCCCACGGAGGAGGCCCGUGGGUUCUUUGAGCCCAACUCAAAGGAGAGAUUGUCCUAUGGGGAGCUGCUCUUGCGGUGUGUCUCUGAUCCGGACACCGGUCUCUGCCUCUUGCCUCUUUCUGGAGAUCAGGAGACGAUUCAUACCUUCAUUGACCACAAUACGAAGCUGGCCCUGAAAAACACUACGAUGUCUGUGGCCUCUGGUAGGUUCAAGGGAAGGCCUGUAUCCCUCUGGAAGCUCCUCUUCUCGGAAUACCUGACGGGAGAGCAAAGGAGAGCCCUUACCCAGCAAUUCUCCUCCGGGUCCCUUUCCACUCAGCAGCUGGCUGACAAAAUCCGCCUUGUGGUGGAGCAAACCACUGCCGAUUCCCGAGUCAUCUUUGAAGGCUUGAGGGAAAAGGUGACACCUGCCCAGCUCCUGAGCUCUGAAAUCAUCAAUAGAGACUUAUUUGAGAAGCUAACGCAGGGAGAGACUCUGGUCAAAGAGGUGAUUAGCAUGGGCACAGUGAAGAAAUACCUGGAAGGGACUGGUAGCAUUGGAGGGCUGCUCCUGCCCGACUCCCAGGAGAGAAUGACAAUCUACGAAGCCAAGAGGAAGGGCUUCCUCCGUCCAGGAACAGCGCUGAUCCUUCUGGAGGCUCAGGCGGCCACAGGACACAUCAUUGACCCUGUGGCCAAUCAGAGAUAUUCCGUGGACGAGGCCUUGCGGGGCAACAUCAUUGGUCCAGAUAUGUACAGCAAGUUGCUGGCUGCUGAGAAAGCAGUGACUGGCUAUAAGGACCCUUAUACUGGGAACAAGAUCUCCCUUUUCCAGGCCAUGAAAAAAGACCUCAUUGUCAAAGAACAUGCCAUUCGCCUUCUGGAGGCCCAAAUUGCCACCGGAGGCGUCAUCGAUCCCGUCAACAGUCAUCGCCUCCCAGUGGAAGUGGCCUAUAAGCGGGGCUUUUUUGAGAAGAAGAUGAGCCUGAUCCUGUCAGAUCCCAAUGAUGACACCAAAGGCUUCUUUGACCCAAACACGCAUGAGAACCUAACUUACCUGCAGUUAAAGGAGAAGUGCAUUGUGGAGCCCACCACGGGCCUCUGCCUCCUGCCACUCAACAGCAAAAAGCACCAACCCCUGGAUGAUGCCACCAAGCAGGCUUUCAGGAGCUCCUGGCUCUUUGUCAAACAUGGGCGCUUCCAAGGACAAAGAGUCUCCCUGUGGGACCUGCUGAACUCGGAGUAUUUCAGUGAGGGAAAGAGAAAGGAAGUCUUCAACCACUAUGGCCUUCGGAAGGUCACCCUGGAGGAGAUUUGCCUCGCUUUGGAAGAGGAAAUGAAAAAAUGGGCUUGCAUCCAGUUCCCGGCCCUCAGAGGGAAAGUCAGCGCUUACCACCUGCUGGAAAGAGGCAUCAUUGACCGGGCUCUCUUUGAGGAGAUCCUAGAUGGAGGGGUGAGCCCAGAGGACGUCCUGCGCCUGGAUUCAGUCCGAAGGUACCUCUACGGCACGGGGAGCAUCGGGGGAAUUCUGCUGCAGCCCUCCAAUGAGAGACUGAGCCUCUAUGAAGCCAUGAAGAGGGACAUGGUGGUUCCCAGUGUUGCCCUGCCCUUGCUGGAGGCCCAAGCAGCUACUGGAUUCCUUGUAGAUCCUGUGAGCAGCCAGAGACUCUCCCUGGAUGAUGCGGUGAAGAAAGGCCUGGUUGGCCCUGAGCUUUAUGAGGUAUUGCAGCAGGCUGAAGAAGCUGUCACGGGCUACAGGGACCCCUUCACCGGCAAGAUCAUCUCCCUCUUCCAAGCAAUGAAGAAAGGCCUUUUGGCCGACAGGAAAGCCAGGCAGCUGAUGGAUGCCCAGCUGGCUACUGGGGGGGUCAUGGACCCACACAGCGGCCACUAUGUCCCCAUAGAAUUUGCCCAGAAAAAUGGCUAUCUCGAUGAGGAGUUCAGGAAAACCUUUUCCAACGCGAGCAGUGACUCCAAGGCUUUCAGCACCCUGGACAGGAAAGAGAGGGUCAGCUAUGGCCAGUUGAUGGACAGGUGUCUGAAGGAGGCACAUUCGGGCAUUCGCCUCUUGCCUCUGGCAGAAACAGCUUCUGCUCCCUACACUGAAGAACAGAUCCAGCAGCGCUUUAAGGAGACCUUUGUGGAGAACAAGGGGGUCUCUCUCUGGGACCUUCUCAGUUCCAGUUACUUCACUGAGGAGCAGAAGUCAGGCUUUUUGGAGAAGUACAGCUCCGGAGCAGUUUCCCUCCACCAGCUGGUCAGCCUUGUCCAGGAGGGUAUUGAUGACAUAGAAAUGAAAGCCAAGGUGCAGGUCACUUUCCAAGGCCUGAGAGGUGCAGUGCCAGCCGUCUGGCUCCUGGACGUAGGCAUCCUUUCAGAGAAGACAUUUGCUGAGCUGGCCCAGGGCAAGAGAUCUCCCAGAGAAGUCUCUGAGAUGGAAAGCAUCAAGCCGUACCUGCAGGGCACAGGCAGCAUUGCUGGAGUUUUCGUUCAGUCCUCCAAAGAAAAAAUGGGCAUUUACCAAGCUAUGCAGGAAAGGCUCCUCCUGCCAGGAGUGGCGGCACAGCUGCUCAGUGCCCAGGCAGCCACUGGCUCCAUCAUGGACCCGGCGUCUAAUCAGAAGUUUGGCGUUGAGGAUGCCAUCAAAAGUGGCAUCGUGGGAGAAGAGCUGAUGGAAGAGCUGCUGCAAGCUGAGAAAGCGGUAAGUGGCUUCCCUGACCCCUACUCAGGGAAACCAAUCUCAGUGUGCCAGGCUAUUAGGAAGGAGCUCCUCCCUGCCAGGGUGGGCAUCCCCAUGCUUGAGGCUCAGCUGGCCACCGGAGGAAUCAUCGACCCUGUUCAUGGCCACCACCUGCCCCUCGGAGCGGCCUUCAAGCAUGGCUUGAUAGAUGAAGAAAUGCAGAGGACUCUUUCUCAGGACAGCAAGGAGAGCCAGGUUUUCUUUGACCCGAAUGCCCAGGAGAGCCUGACCUAUCAGCAGCUGAAGGACAGAUGCAUCCAGGAUCCUGUGAUGGGGCUCUGGCUUCUCCCACUGUCCAAAGAGGCAGCUUUUUAUGGAGACCCACAAGCCAUGGAAGUGCUGAAAUCUUUCUCCGUCUCAGUCAGCACUGGGAGGUUUAAAGGACAAGACGUUUCUCUCUGGGACUUGCUCCACUCUGAGUACAUCCCGGACGCCAAGCGGAGAGAGCUGAUGCUGAGAUACAAAGAAACGCACGAGGAGCUCCUUCAAGAAAUGGCAUCAUCCAUCAAGAAGAUCAUCGAAGAGACGGAGCAGCAAGGCAAGAGGUUCACUUUCAAAGGCCUAAGAAAGAAGGUGUCAGCCAGCGACCUCUUCCAGUCCCAGCUCAUAGACAUGACAACCCUGGACGAACUCAGGCAGGGGAAGACAACGGUCCAGGAAGUCAGCGAGAUGGAUUCCGUCAAGCGCUUUCUGGAGGGGUGCAACUUCAUUGCGGGGGUCCUCAUAGAACCAGACCGUGAAAAAAUGAGCCUCUACCAAGCCAUGAGGCAGGGUCUGCUGAGACCAGGGGCAGCUCUGGUCUUGCUGGAGGCCCAGGCAGCCACCGGGUACCUCAUUGACCCAGUGAAAAACAAGAAGCUCUCGGUGGACGAAGCAGCAGCAGCAGGGCUGAUUGGAAGAGAAAUCUACGAGAAGCUGCUGAGUGCAGAAAAAGCCGUCACAGGAUACACAGAUCCUUAUACCAAGGGGCAGAUCUCCCUCUUUGAGGCCAUGAAUCAGGAGCUGAUUGUGAGGAGCCAUGGCAUCCGCCUGCUGGAGGCGCAGAUUGCCACGGGGGGCAUCAUCGACCCCGUGCACAGCCACCGCAUCCCAGUGGAGGUUGCAUAUAAGCGAGGCUACUUUGAUGAAGACCUGAACCGCAUCCUUCUGGACCCCACGGAUGAUACCAAGGGCUUUUUUGACCCCAAUACUCAUGAGAACCUCACCUACCUGCAGCUUCUGGAACGCUGCAUCCAAGAUUCAGAAAGUGGGCUGUACAUGCUGCAGAUCGUCAGAAGAGGGGAAACCUACUUCUACAUUGACGAGGCAACAAAAGAGUUUUUGAGAACGCAGACCAUGAAAGUACAGAUAGGCCGGUAUAAAGACCAAGUGGUCUCUGUGUGGAGCCUCCUCUGCUCCCCAUAUAUCCAGGAACAGAAGAGGAAAGACCUGGUCAGGCAGUAUAAGGGUGAGGAGCUCAGUUUGCCACAGCUCUGCAAAACCAUCACCACUAUUGUGGAGGAAACAGAACAAGCAAACCAGAAGCUCAAGCUAAAGGGACUGAGGGGGCAAGAGGUGUCUGCUGCAGAGCUCUUCAAUGCAGAAAUCAUCGACAAGGUGACCUUGGACAGACUGCACCUGCUGAGCCUUCCUCUGCAACAGCUCACCCAGAUGGACAUUGUGAAGCGCUACCUGGAGGGGACAGGCUGCAUUGCGGGUGUCGUGGUGGCUGGCCAGGGGCUGAAGCUGCUUGCCUAUGAGGCCAUGAAGAGAGGCUUUCUCUCCCCAGAACAUGCUCUGCUAUUACUGGAGGCGCAGGCUGCCACAGGGCUCCUUACUGACCUGGUUGAGGAAAAGGCCCUCUCGGUUGACCAGGCCAUCUCUCUUGGGCUGGUUGGGGAAGAGUUUCACAAGGCGCUCCUCCUUGCUGAGAAAGCCGUUAUUGGACACACUGACCCCUCCACAGGAGACAAAGUCUCCCUUUUCCAAGCCAUGAAAAGAAACCUGGUGGAGAAAGCCCAUGCCCUCCGGCUGCUGGAGGCACAGAUGGCCACAGGCGGCAUCAUUGACCCCAUACAUAGUCACCGCCUCCCUGUGGAGGUGGCUUGCAGACGGGGCUACUUGGAUGAAGAAACAUUCCUCUUGCUGUCUGAUGAGGGCCUUGUUCCCAAAGGAUUUGUGGAUCCCAAUACCCAGGAAAGGAUCACUUACACUCAGCUCCUACUCAGGUGCAUCAAAGAUACAAAGACAGGUGCAUACCUGCUGCCCUUACUAGAGAAGAGGGAGUACAUCUUUGUGGAUGAAAAAACUAAGUGCGUCCUCUCAUCUUGCAAAAUAAAAGUAGGCCUAGGGAAAUACAAAGGACAGUCCAUUUCUCUUUGGGAACUUCUUUCUUCAGACUACGUUACAAAAGAAAUGCAGAAGGAGAUGAUUAAAAAAUAUAAAGAGGGAGGCUUUGCAGUUUUGCGGAGCAUCACAAGUGAAAUACUGAAGAUAAUAGAGGAAACAGAAGACCACAGAAAAGACAUAUGGUUUCAAGGACUACGGAGGCAAGUCACAGCUUCUGAACUACUAAAGGCGGACAUCAUUAAUGAAGAAACUAUGAAAAAUUUGCAGGCAGGAAAAGAGAGAGUGCAGGCUGUAGCCAAGAUGGAUUCGGUGAAGAGAUACCUGGAAGGCACCAACUGCAUCGCUGGUGUGAUGGUGCCUUCCAGGACAGACCCUUCCAGAUCAGAGAAGAUGACCAUCUACCAGGCCAUGUGGAAAGGCAUUCUGAGGCCAGGCACGGCCCUGGUAUUGCUGGAGGCACAGGCUGCCACGGGCUUCAUCAUCGACCCAUCGACAAAUGAGAGAUUCUCUGUAAGUCAGGCAGUAGAAGCUGGUGUCGUAGGGGAACAAAUACAGAAAAAGCUGCUUUGUGCAGAGAGAGCCGUGACAGGUUAUACAGAUCCAAACACAGGAAAAAGCAUUUCCCUCUUCCAAGCAAUGAAAAAGGAAUUAAUCUUAAAAGAGCAUGGGAUCCGCCUGCUGGAAGCCCAGAUUGCCACGGGUGGCAUCAUCGAUCCUGUGCACAGUCACCGCCUCCCCGUGGAAGUAGCGUAUAAGCGGGGCUACUUUGAUGAAGAAAUGAACCGGAUCCUCUCAGAUCCCACAGAUGACACCAAGGGAUUCUUUGACCCAAACACACACGAAAACCUCACUUACCUGCAGCUUCUGCAGCGGUGCCUGCCCGAUCCGGAGACUGGUUUGCUGCUGCUCCACAUCAUGGACAAAGGUUGGUUCUCCUCUUUCCUCAACAAGAACACCAGGAAGGCUUUGCAGACGGCCAAGACCAAGAUCGGUGUGGGGCUCUUCCAGAACCAAGAGGUUUCUACGUGGGAUCUCCUCUUCUCCAGAUACAUCCUUCCAUGCAAGAGACAGGACUUGCUGAGGCAGUACAAAGCAGGCACAGUGACACUUGAGCACCUCACCCAAAAUCUUAUCGCCAUUGUCACCGAGGAAGAAGAAAAGAGGAUGACGGUAAAGAGUCCAGAUCAACAGACGGCGCCAGAUCACCAGACUCUGAGGGCUUCCUCCUUAGACCCGGCAAACUGGGAAAGUGCCCUGCGCUCUGAACUCCUCCCAGCACCUUCCGCUGAACAACAGGUCUCCGCCUGGGAGCGCUUUGCAGAGCACGAACGGGAAGAGCUUCUGAGCAGAUACAGGAGGGGCAGCCUCCCCUAGGAGCUCACAAAGCUUCUCAUCGACCGCCUUCCCAGGACCACAAGCAGCAAACGUCAUCUUUCCACAGACUUCCACGCACCCAGCUCCAGUGGCAAGGCUGAAGAGACCAAAGAAGAGGGGGAAGAUGAUGCUGCUGACCUGGGAGACAAAGAGGAGGCUUUGAAGUCCCGAAUGGUGGAGGUCACCGCUGCGGCAUUUCACGGGCGUAAAGUGUCGGUGUGGGAGGUGCUUCAUUCCAAGUACAUCCCUGAAGAGAAAAGGAAAGAGCUUCUACAACUAUACCAAUCGGGCAUCCUCACCAUUGACCAGAUGGAGACCGUGGUCUCCGCCAUUGUCAAUAAGACAGAGGAAAUGAAAAAGACAGAACCGUCCCACGCUCCUUUUUCUUCUGGCUCCUGGGAGGGUCCCUUGCGCAACCAGAACGUGACCCUGCAAGUUGGCGAGUUCCAAGGACAGAGAGUCUCCCUCUGGGAACUCCUCUUCUCCCAAAGCAUUCCAGAAAGCCAAAGAGAGGAGCUGCUGAUGAAAUAUCGAUUGGGAUCCUUGACCAUUCAGGAAAUGAUCACCACCCUGACCUUGCUUCACGCCAAGGACAGGGCUUCUUCCCCAGGAGAGGAAGCCACUCUUUCCUCCCAGCACAAUGAACUGGAACAAACUUUGCGACAGGUGACCAUAGACGUGCCUGUGGGUGAGUUUCAAGGCUCCAGACGAUCAGCGUGGGAGCUCCUCUUCUCCAAGUACGUGACUGCGGCCAAGCGCCAGGAGCUGUUGCAGAAGUACCAAGAGAGGUCUGUGGCCCCAGGCGAGCUGGUCCAAAUACUCAUCACCCUGAUUGAAGAGAUGGAAGAGAAGGGCAACCAGCUGAAAUUCUCGGGGCUCAGGAAGCAGGUGUCAGCCUCAGAACUGUUUGACUCCCGCAUCAUCAACCAAGACACGCUCUCUGAGCUUGCACAAGGCACCAAAACGGUGGAAGAGGUCACAGAAAUGGAUUCGGUGAAGAGGUAUCUGGAAGGCAACAGCUGCAUCGCUGGCGUGAUGGUGCCAUCCAGGACAGACCCUUCCAAGUCAGAGAAAAUGACCAUCUACCAGGCCAUGUGGAAAGGCAUUCUGAGGCCAGGCACGGCCCUGGUGUUGCUGGAGGCACAGGCCGCCACGGGCUUCGUCACCGACCCCCUGGGGAACAAAAAACUCUCUGUCGAUGACGCUGUCUCCGUUGAACUGGUGGGAGCCGAGCUGCGGGAGAAGCUUCUGUCUGCAGAGAGGGCUGUGACCGGCUAUAAGGACCCCUAUACGGGGAACAAGCUCUCCCUCUUCCAGGCCAUGAAGAAAGGUCUCAUAGUCAAAGAGCACGGGAUCCGCCUGCUGGAAGCCCAGAUUGCCACGGGUGGCAUCAUCGAUCCUGUGCAUAGUCACCGCCUCCCCGUGGAAGUAGCGUUCAAGCGGGGCUACUUUGAUGAGGAAAUGAACCGGAUCCUCUCUGAUCCCACAGACGACACCAAGGGCUUCUUUGACCCAAACACACACGAAAACCUCACUUACCUGCAGCUUCUGCAGCGGUGCCUGCCCGAUCCGGAGACUGGUUUGCUGCUGCUCCACCUCAUGGACAAGGGCUGGUUCUCCUCUUUCCUCAACGAGAACACCAGGAAGGCUUUGCAGAUGGCCAAGACCAAGAUCGGCGUGGGGCUGUUCCAGGACCAAGAGGUUUCUGUGUGGGAUCUCCUCUUCUCCAGAUACAUCCUUCUGUCCAAGAGGCAGGACUUGCUGAGGCAGUACAAAGCAGGCACCGUGACACUUGAGCGCCUCACCCAAAUCCUCAUCGCCAUUGUCACCGAGGCAGAGGAAAAGAGCGCCAGGCCCAUCGGUCACAAAGAAGCUCCCAACAAACCAACCACAACAGCAGAUGCUGCCAUGGAUCAACCAAGCCUUGGAGAGCCCUGGAUGAGGACCCUUGAGUCGACAACUGUGGAGAUCCCUGCAGGUGACCGCCAAGGGCAGAGGGUCACUCUGUGGGACCUGCUCUUCUCAAACAACAUCUCUGAGGAAAAGAGGACAGAGUUACUGGACUUGUACAAAAGUGGGCUGCUGUCCACGGAGCGGCUCAUCAGGAUCCUCCCCACACUGGUUGUCAGAAAGGAAGCCACCGGCAGGAAGCUCGAUGUGACGGUGAGGAGUCCAGAUCAAGAGACGGCGCCAGAUCACCAGACUCUGAGGGCUUCCUCCUUAGACCCGGCAAACUGGGAAAGUGCCCUGCGCUCUGAACUCCUCCCAGCACCUUCCGCUGAACAACAGGUCUCCGCCUGGGACAUCCUGUUCUCCGAGCGCUUUGCAGAGCACGAACGGGAAGAGCUUCUGAGCAGAUACAGGAGGGGCAGCCUUCCCCUUAAGGAGCUCACAAAGCUUCUCAUCGACCGCCUUCCCAGGACCACAAGCAGCAAACGUCAUCUUUCCACAGACUUCCACGCACCCAGCUCCAGUGGCAAGGCUGAAGAGACCAAAGAAGAGGGGGAAGAUGAUGCUGCUGACCUGGGAGACAAAGAGGAGGCUUUGAAGUCCCGAAUGGUGGAGGUCACCGCUGCGGCAUUUCACGGUAAAGUGUCGGUGUGGGAGGUGCUUCAUUCCAAGUACAUCCCUGAAGAGAAAAGGAAAGAGCUUCUACAACUAUACCAAUCGGGCAUCCUCACCAUUGACCAGAUGGAGACCGUGGUCUCCGCCAUUGUCAAUAAGACAGAGGAAAUGAAAAAGACAGAACCGUCCCACGCUCCUUUUUCUUCUGGCUCCUGGGAGGGUCCCUUGCGCAACCAGAACGUGACCCUGCAAGUUGGCGAGUUCCAAGGACAGAGAGUCUCCCUCUGGGAACUCCUCUUCUCCCAAAGCAUUCCAGAAAGCCAAAGAGAGGAGCUGCUGAUGAAAUAUCGAUUGGGAUCCUUGACCAUUCAGGAAAUGAUCACCACCCUGACCUUGCUUCACGCCAAGGACAGGGCUUCUUCCCCAGGAGAGGAAGCCACUCUUUCCUCCCAGCACAAUGAACUGGAACAAACUUUGCGACAGGUGACCAUAGACGUGCCUGUGGGUGAGUUUCAAGGCUCCAGACGAUCAGCGUGGGAGCUCCUCUUCUCCAAGUACGUGACUGCGGCCAAGCGCCAGGAGCUGUUGCAGAAGUACCAAGAGAGGUCUGUGGCCCCAGGCGAGCUGGUCCAAAUACUCAUCACCCUGAUUGAAGAGAUGGAAGAGAAGGGCAACCAGCUGAAAUUCUCGGGGCUCAGGAAGCAGGUGUCAGCCUCAGAACUGUUUGACUCCCGCAUCAUCAACCAAGACACGCUCUCUGAGCUUGCACAAGGCACCAAAACGGUGGAAGAGGUCACAGAAAUGGAUUCGGUGAAGAGGUAUCUGGAAGGCAACAGCUGCAUCGCUGGCGUGAUGGUGCCAUCCAGGACAGACCCUUCCAAGUCAGAGAAAAUGACCAUCUACCAGGCCAUGUGGAAAGGCAUUCUGAGGCCAGGCACGGCCCUGGUGUUGCUGGAGGCACAGGCCGCCACGGGCUUCGUCACCGACCCCCUGGGGAACAAAAAACUCUCUGUCGAUGACGCUGUCUCCGUUGAACUGGUGGGAGCCGAGCUGCGGGAGAAGCUUCUGUCUGCAGAGAGGGCUGUGACCGGCUAUAAGGACCCCUAUACGGGGAACAAGCUCUCCCUCUUCCAGGCCAUGAAGAAAGGUCUCAUAGUCAAAGAGCACGGGAUCCGCCUGCUGGAAGCCCAGAUUGCCACGGGUGGCAUCAUCGAUCCUGUGCAUAGUCACCGCCUCCCCGUGGAAGUAGCGUUCAAGCGGGGCUACUUUGAUGAGGAAAUGAACCGGAUCCUCUCUGAUCCCACAGACGACACCAAGGGCUUCUUUGACCCAAACACACACGAAAACCUCACUUACCUGCAGCUUCUGCAGCGGUGCCUGCCCGAUCCGGAGACUGGUUUGCUGCUGCUCCACCUCAUGGACAAGGGCUGGUUCUCCUCUUUCCUCAACGAGAACACCAGGAAGGCUUUGCAGAUGGCCAAGACCAAGAUCGGCGUGGGGCUGUUCCAGGACCAAGAGGUUUCUGUGUGGGAUCUCCUCUUCUCCAGAUACAUCCUUCUGUCCAAGAGGCAGGACUUGCUGAGGCAGUACAAAGCAGGCACCGUGACACUUGAGCGCCUCACCCAAAUCCUCAUCGCCAUUGUCACCGAGGCAGAGGAAAAGAGCGCCAGGCCCAUCGGUCACAAAGAAGCUCCCAACAAACCAACCACAACAGCAGAUGCUGCCAUGGAUCAACCAAGCCUUGGAGAGCCCUGGAUGAGGACCCUUGAGUCGACAACCGUGGAGAUCCCUGCAGGUGACCGCCAAGGGCAGAGGGUCACUCUGUGGGACCUGCUCUUCUCAAACAACAUCUCUGAGGAAAAGAGGACAGAGUUACUGGACUUGUACAAAAGUGGGCUGCUGUCCACGGAGCGGCUCAUCAGGAUCCUCCCCACACUGGUUGUCAGAAAGGAAGCCACCGGCAGGAAGCUCAAUGUGACGGUGAGGAGUCCAGAUCAAGAGACGGCGCCAGAUCACCAGACUCUGAGGGCUUCCUCCUUAGACCCGGCAAACUGGGAAAGUGCCCUGCGCUCUGAACUCCUCCCAGCACCUUCCGCUGAACAACAGGUCUCCGCCUGGGACAUCCUGUUCUCCGAGCGCUUUGCAGAGCACGAACGGGAAGAGCUUCUGAGCAGAUACAGGAGGGGCAGCCUUCCCCUUAAGGAGCUCACAAAGCUUCUCAUCGACCACCUUCCCAGGACCACAAGCAGCAAACGUCAUCUUUCCACAGACUUCCACACACCCAGCUCCAGUGGCAAGGCUGAAGAGACCAAAGAAGAGGGGGAAGAUGAUGCUGCCGACCUGGGAGACAAAGAGGAGGCUCUGAAGUCCCGAAUGGUGGAGGUCACCACUGCGGCGUUUCACAGGCGUAAAGUGUCGGUGUGGGAGGUGCUUCAUUCCAAGUACAUCCCUCAGGAGAAAAGGAAGGAGCUUCUACAACUAUACCAAUCGGGCAUCCUCACCAUUGACCAGAUGGAGACCGUGGUCUCCGCCAUUGUCAAUAAGACAGAGGAAAUGAAAUCAGGAAAUCAGUAUCCUUCACGGUAUGACCUUUUUCAGUAUACUUUGGAGUUGGAGAAUAUCAGUGCCAUUGUCCGUGAUAUCCAGGAUCAGAGAACCUCUGUCUGGGAUCCUUUCUUUUCCAGGUGCGUCUCUAACCACAGUCAGGAAAUAAGUCUCCUUGAAUCUCAAGGAUCGACCAGUAGCGUCCCAGGAACUGCCCAGGGCAUGUCUGCUCCGAUUACACAAAUGGGGACCUCAACUGAUGGGGCUUCUGUCUUCUGCGAAUCUGCACAGGGAUAUAUUUCCUCCCCCCAAAGCUCUGAGGAGUCUUUAGCAAAAAGCCCAUUUCACUCACAGAGUGCUUUAAAGUCUCGAUUGUUAAAUUUCCCUGUUGCUGAGUUUCCUGGAAAAGAAGCUUCAUUGUGGGAUGUAUUGCCUUCUCAUUAUGUUUCCGAGGAGAAGCAGAAGGAGCUGCUGCGGCUCCAUCAGUUGGGCGAUCUCAACCUUGAUCAGAUGGAGUCUGCGGUGUCUGAUAUCAUUCACCGUGACAAGGAGGGGGGAGAGAGGCCGAGCGGAGGCUUUGCAGCAAGCAGCAGUCCUGAUUCCAUGGCGGCAGAAGACGGCGAGUCCCAGGCUCGGCAGCUGCAACUGAAGAAGACUUUGAGGACGACUCUGGUCCCCGUGACAGUGGGAGAGUACCAGGGGCAACGUAUGUGUGUCCUGGAUCUCCUCUUCUCUAAAUAUGUCCCUCAGGAUAAUAGGCAGGAACUCCUUGAACUGUACAGAGCGGGGGCUUUACCCAUCGAGGACAUGAUAAGCAGAAUCACUGUCCUGCUGGAAGAGGCGGAAAGCCAGCGGGAGAAGUGAGAGACCAAGAAAAGGGACGUGCGUCGAAAGGAGAGACAGGACCAAGGGGAUGACCCAUAAGCAAUGGGGGCAUCUCACUGGAGCCCCGAUUCUCUUCUCCCCAAUCAGCCCAGGUGCCUCUGGCCACCCCCACCAAGCGCAGCCUCUCCGUUUGCCACCCCACCCGCCUCCCCCUCCUCUGCUACUUCAUCUGGCUGGGGUGGGCAGUGGCAUUUUCCCCCAGGUUUACUUUCCAGCCUUCUCCCUGCCCCCCCUGCCAUUAUCUCCACUCUGACUUUGGUUUUCCAGAACUGAGAUACUUUUGAAGGCACAGGAGAACAAAAUCAGUUCCUGCAGGAGGCAAAAUGAUGGGUCCUGCUCGGAACUGCUUAUGGGGCUGGGGGCCACUUGGACAGUCCCAGAGAUGUGAGGGUUCUGACUGAAAAGGGGGGGGCUAACUGGGCAAGACUCCAAUUCUGCUGCAACUUGCUAGUUACAUGAAACUCGGCUACUGGACUUGUCUGUUUCCACUGGUAAUAAAAAGAAAGAAGAUGUGUUAAAGUUC